AUGUCGGACUGGCCGAUCCGAUUCGAUGUGGUCUUCGGCCAGCGCGUCCUGCAACAUAUGUUUUUCAGGCUCUGGUGGGCCGCGGUGGGGAGGACAAGGUCGGUGGUGACCGCCCUUCUCACAGCGCGAGGGGAAUGGGGUUCCGUUGGGCAGUUGCUUGGUGCUUCACAGUGCGUGCUGGUCUUCACCCGAUACUUCUUUGCUACUGGCAUCGUCCUCCGCAUGACGGUCCAGAACGAGGUCCGGGCCCUGCUCCAGGUCUCCCACCGCGAGUUCGUGCGCAAGGAGCUGCGGGCGCUCGCCGCCCGCCUCGAGGCGCAGCUCCCGCGCCCCGCCGAGGUCGCCUCCGCGCCAGCGGCCGCCCCACCAUCGCCCUGGGCGUUCGCAGGCGCCAGCCUGGCGGCCGAGGAGGAGAGGACGAAGCACAAGCUGAAGCGGAUGAUCCAGACCCCCAAUAGCUUCUUCAUGGACGUGAAGUGUCCCGGCUGCCUGCAGAUCACGACCGUGUACAGCCACGCGCAGACCGUCGUGCUGUGCGGGAACUGCAACGUGAUGCUGUGCCAGCCGACAGGAGGCCUCACCAGGCUCACGGAGGGCUGCUCCUUCCGCAAGAAGGCCGACUGA